GAAGAGCUGAAAACAGGCAGAAGUGAAAGGACAAAGAAGUGUCUUCCACAUCUCCUUCACUCCAGCAGGUACCGAACAUCUCGUCCUCUUCUUGCAGAAGGUCUGCUGCCAGGUUCUUCAUCUUGUUAGAAUACUUGUUAUUUCCUCCCUCAUCCUGCAUCAUGCUGCGCCCAGUAGCCGUCUACUGUCUCUUGUUCACCUUGUGGACGUGGUGCGAGGCCCAGUCAGACUCUGGCACCCCUGUAAUCCAGCUGCGUCUAGCCGGGGAGAAGCGUAAACAUUACGAGGGUCGUGUGGAAGUUUUCUAUAAUGGAGAGUGGGGGACCGUGUGUGAUGAUGACUUCUCCUUCUCUGCUGCUCAAGUGGUGUGUAGAGAGCUGGGCUUCAUAGACGCAGAAUCCUGGUCACCGUCAGCCAAGUACGGAAAAGGAGAAGGUCGUAUCUGGUUGGACAACGUGCACUGCUCAGGUGGAGAGAAGAGCUUGGCUCAGUGUGAAUCCAACGGUUUUGGAGUGUCUGACUGCAAACAUUCGGAAGAUGUUGGGGUGGUGUGCACCCAGAAACGCAUUCCUGGAUUCAAAUUCAUCCGGACCCAGGGCAACGGCGAGGAGGGUGUCAAUGUGCAGGUGGAAGACGUGAGGAUCAGGGCCACUUAUUCUCAACGGAAAAGAAUCCCCAUUACUGAGGGCUUUUUGGAGGUGAAAGACGGAGGCAAGUGGCGACAGAUCUGUAACAGAGACUGGACAGAGAUGAACAGCAGGGUCAUCUGUGGCAUGUACGGCUUCCCUGGAGAAAAACGCUUUAACACGCGACCAUACAAGUUGCUGGCCACGAGGCGUAAGAAGAACUACUGGGGUUUCUCUGUGAACUGCACAGGCAACGAGGCCGACCUUUCUGACUGUAAACUGGGCCAUGAAAUAGAGCUGAAGGGCAACAGCACAUGUCAGGAGGGGAUGCCUGUGGUGAUCAGCUGCAUACCUGGACGGGCCUUCGCUCCCAGCGUCAGCACCGGCUUCAGGAAGGCCUACAGGAUCGAGCAACCCCUGGUCCGUUUAAGAGGUGGAGCGAUGAUCGGAGAAGGCCGAGUAGAGGUGUUGAAAAACGGCGAAUGGGGGACGGUGUGCGAUGACAACUGGAACAUCCGAGCGGCCACUGUGGUGUGUCGAGAACUGGGCUUCGGCAGCGCCAAAGAGGCUCUGACGGGAGCUCGAAUGGGACAAGGGAUCGGUCCGGUCCACAUGAAUGAGGUAGAGUGUUCAGGGUUCGAAAAGUCUCUGACAGAGUGUUACUUUAAUCGAGAUGCUCUGGGCUGUAGCCAUGAGGAAGAUGCAGCUGUUAAGUGUAACGUCCCCGCCAUGGGCUUCCACAACAGACUUCGGUUAAGUGGUGGCCGUAAUCCCUAUGAGGGCCGUGUGGAGGUUCUGGCAGAGAGGAACGGGUCUCUGGUCUGGGGCACAGUAUGCAGUGAGAGCUGGGGAACCAUGGAGGCCAUGGUGGUGUGCAAACAGCUGGGCCUGGGCUUCGCUAGCCACGCUUUUCAGGAGACCUGGUAUUGGCAGGGAGACUCCUCAGCUGAUAAUGUGGUGAUGAGUGGAGUGAGGUGUUCAGGGACUGAGCUGACCCUGGAUCAGUGUCUGCAUCAUGGAAAACACAUCGACUGUCCCAAAGGAGGCGGACGCUUCGCUGCCGGAGUCUCCUGUACACAAACGGCCCCAGACCUGGUCCUCAGUUCACAGGUUGUGGAGCAGACCAGCUACCUGGAGGACAGGCCCAUGUAUGCCCUCCAGUGUGCCCAGGAGGAGCGCUGUCUGUCCAGCAGCGCCGACAAAGCUGACUCCACCUCGUACCGACGCCUGUUCCGCUUCUCCUCACAGAUCCACAACAACGGCCAAUCAGACUUCAGGCCGCGGGCGGGUCAUCAGUCCUGGAUUUGGCACGAAUGUCACAGACAUUUCCACAGUAUGGAGGUUUUCACCCACUAUGACUUGUUGAGUCUGAACGGCACUAAGGUGGCAGAAGGACACAAAGCCAGCUUCUGUCUGGAGGACACCCAUUGUGAUGAAGGUAUUCAGAAGAGGUAUGAAUGUGCAAACUUCGGGGCUCAGGGCAUCACUGUGGGCUGCUGGGAUACCUACAGACACGACAUUGACUGCCAGUGGAUCGACAUCACAGACGUGCUGCCCGGCGACUACAUCUUCCAGGUGGUGAUAAACCCCAACUAUGAGGUUGCAGAAUCAGACUACACAAACAACAUUAUGAAAUGUCGCUGCCGGUACGACGGACAUCGGAUUUGGACGUACAACUGUCAUAUAGGUGGAUCUCGGAGUUCAGAAAUAGACGACAUGUUCCCUGGACUGCUGACCAACCAGCUUUCACACAGGUAGACCCAGGACGGACCGCAGCCCGAUGGACACAUUUGGGGAAUCGUGUAUACAUUGACAACCACUAGGGGGGGCUGUGCUGUUGUGCUUCCUCAGAGCAGUGUGGACCUGUGGCUGAGCUCAGGGCUCACACAAUGGACAGUCAUUCAAUGGCAAAGUGAAGUGCCUGCUUGCAAAAACUAUUAACCACAUUCAGCUGAAAGUGUUCUUAUCUCUUAGUCUCUUGCGUUUACUGUCAUUGAAAUGUAGGUUUCAUCUUGGUGCUCAUUGGACGUUGUCUGUCCAAACUCCUCCAGCGAUGGUGCAGUAGAUUUAUCUACAACAGCUGCUUGGACUGCAGUAUGUGUUCCGUUUUUACAGGAUGUCAGAUACUGACAUAAGAAACGAGUCAAGUAGAAAAGUGCUCAAAGGGUUUUGUCCUUCACAUACUUGAGCUGGCUUUUAAAAGUGUCUUAUUUAUUGAUCUUAUUUUCCAUCCUCAUUUGUUAAGUUACAUACAGCUCUAUUUUCAUCACAUCCCUCAGUUUCUGUCUCCAUGUCUACGUUUUGUUAAAUUAUUGCAGUCAGGGACUAUAAAAACAUUACGGAUAUACUGUUUUAAAAAAAAAAAAAAAAAUCAAAUAUGUGAAAAUGGCUCUUCAUUGUUUUGUAAAUUAGUUUUUUAUAAUUCAGCAUAGGGGCCCUUCAUUUUAUAAGGGCCCCUUGUUACUUCCUGCCUUUUUUAUUUUGUAUGCAUGGGUGAAUGUGGAAAAGCAUUACAUUUUCUGUAAUAAAGAAUGUUGGAAAAAGA